AUGCUGACGUCCAUUCGUUUGGAUAAUACGGUGGUAUUUGAUUAUGGCAGCAUCGAAGUUAAAUUGUUAAGCGUUCUGUUACAGAAUCGUGGCGGCUGUGACAAGGACGAAAAGUUAGUUGAGAAAGUCUUCUGUGGCCUCGGCUUUCUUGUAAAGGUUCUUCGUAACCUAUCCUCCGGUGAAAUGCGCUCUGAGCUCUCCUUCAUUGGUAACAAGACCGAUCAUUCCGCAUAUGAUGCUUUUGUUGCCGUGAUCAUGACACAUGGCGGACUUGGAGAGCUCUAUGGAGUCAAUGGAGACGCUUUUCCAGUUCACCAAUUGACCCUCGACUUCACUGCAGAAAGGUGUCCAUCACUGGCCGGCAAACCGAAGCUCUUUUUCAUUCAAGCUUGUCGUGGCGAUGAGUACCAGUUCGGUUACGCGUUGCCAGCUGCCGGAAGCACCGACGAUGUGGCAGCAACAAAUUCCGGACCUGCGUUCUCGAACCUCCUUCAAGUUGGCGUUACACAGGUAGAGGGAGAAGUAGCUGAGGAGGCAGCAGAAGACGUGGAAGAGAAGCUGCCAAUAGUUGCUGCAAAAUUACCACGAAAGCAGAGAUUGGUUCCCAAUUUCGCGGACUUUUUACUUAGCUAUGCUACGUUGGCGGGUUUUAAGGCUCAAAGAGACCCUCAGCAGGGAUCGAUCUACAUCCAGACGCUGUGUCACCACCUGGAGUUGCAUGGAAGAUCGAGAAGCCUAUUAGAUAUCGUUACUUCAGUACAUCGAGAGGUUUCAGAGAAAGUCUUCCGAGAGGCGGAAUCACCCAAUCAGGAGGGCACAGUGUUCCAACAAACCCCUGAGGUUCGACACACCCUGACUCGUAGAGUUCAGUUUGUGUGA